CAGAUGAACCAGCACCAGGUAUUCAACUUCUCUGACUUAGAGUUAAUCCUGGAAGACACUAGCACUUCCUUUGAAUUUGAAGUGGACAACAAAAGUGACUUAUGCUGUACCUUUCCACCGUGCCAACUGGACAUGAGCCAGAAAUUUGACCAAGCCUUCCUGCCAGUCCUCUACAGCCUCAUCUUUGUACUGGGGCUGCUAGGCAAUGGUGCAGUGGCUGCCGUACUGCUGAGUCAGCGAGUGACACUGAGCAGUACUGACACCUUCCUUCUCCACCUGGUUGUUGCUGAUGUGCUGCUGGUGCUCACUCUCCCACUCUGGGCAGUAGAUGCUGCUGUCCAGUGGGUCUUUGGCUCUGGCCUCUGUAAAAUGGCUGGUGCCCUCUUCAACAUCAACUUCUAUGCAGGGGCUCUCCUACUGGCCUGUAUCAGUUUUGACCGGUAUCUGAGCAUCGUGCAUGCCACUCAGCUAUACCGCCGGGGGCCUCCAGCCCGGGUUUCCCUUACCUGUAUGAUUGUUUGGGGGCUCUGUUUACUCUUUGCCCUCCCAGACUUCAUCUUUCUGUCAGCCCUCCAUGACAAGCAUCACAAAGUCACCUACUGCCGACAUAACUUCCCACCAGUGGGACAAACAGUGCUGCGUGGACUGCAGCUGGUGGCUGGCUUCCUGCUGCCAUUGCUGGUCAUGGCCUACUGUUAUGCUCGCAUUCUGGCUGUGCUUCUCCUUUCCAGGGGCCAGCGCCGGCUGCGAACCAUGAGACUGGUGGUGAUGGUAGUAGUGGCCUUUGCCCUCUGUUGGAGCCCCUACCACCUGGUUGUGCUGGUGGAAACCCUUCUGGACCUCGGGGUUUUGGCCCGUGACUGUAACCGAGAAAGUCAUUUAAAUGUGGCCAGGUCAGUGACCGAAUGUCUGGGCUACAUGCAUUGCUGCCUCAACCCACUGCUCUAUGCAUUUGUAGGGGUCAAGUUCAGAGAGCGCAUGUGGCUGCUGUUUAUGCGCCUUGGUUGUCCUAAAUCAAGACUGCACCAUCGGUCACCUUCAUCCUCCCGCUGGGAUUCAUCCUGGUCUGAGACCACAGAUGCCUCCAACUCAGGCUUUUGA